AUAACACAUGAUUCAUUUGCAUGUUUAUCGACCGUCCCAUUUGACUAGAUUGAUCAAGGUGAGCAGGUGUCACAGUUGUCAGCAGGGCCAACCUGUCCACCUUUAGCAGCCAGGAAGAGGGCGUGUUUCUAAUGGCAGAUUCGCGGAACGCUGCGCAGCUCAGACCCAAUCCAGAGGCGCAGGUGAGUCAUCUCCUUGGUUGAUUGAUUUCACUUCUCCAGACGCAGAAAGGUGUAUCCAGGGCGACCCGGUGAGUAGCUGCGAGUUAAAGGCUACGAACUUGCUGACUGUGAAUCCCACAUGGAAGUUAAAGAAGCUGUGCUGUGACACCUGUAGGAAGAAUUACACCUAUCAUCAAGAACAAAUACCUCACACAAAGAAAACGCGCGGCUCCAGUGAAGCAUGAAGUUGCAACUGUGUCUACCUGUGAGUAUAAUGGUCUCUGUCGCUUUGGUGGGAGUCAUGAAGAUACGGAAAAAGGAGCACGACAGAGUAGACAGACAUAGCAGGUUUGAGGCUAUCAAGCUGCGGGUGACCCACGAUGUGCUUGGAGAGUAUCAGAGCGAGAAGGCAGUGACGCAGGACCUGCUCGAUAAAGCCGAGACGAAUGUGAAAGCGCUGGCAGAAGAAGUGAACACGCUCCAGAUGAAAGACACGAAGAAGAAGGGGGAAGUGGAUACCUGUCAGGCAGGCCAGAAAACUGCAAGAGAUGAGCUGGCAUCAGCAGAGACAGAAUUAAAUAAUCUCCAAGCUGAAUCCAGUAAGGAGAAGGCUGGCUGGAGCACAGAACUGGCAACACUGAAACAGCAACUAGAAACACGGAGCCCAGUGUGUGACUUUUUGAAACCAGGACAAGAUAGUGAUAAAAAGUUGUGUGUUGAGGUGAUUGCUGAGGCCCCUAAACCAGAGGAACCAAAGGCAGAGGCCCCUAAACCAGAGGAGCCAAAGGCAGAGGCCCCUAAACCAGAGGAGCCAAAGGCAGAAGCCCCUAAACCAGAGGAGCCACAGGCAGAGGCCCCUAAACCAGAGGAGCCAAAGGCAGAAGCCCCUAAACCAGAGGAACCAAAGGCAGAAGCCCCUAAACCAGAGGAGUCUAAAGCAGAGGCCCCUAAACCAGAGGAGGCUAAAGCAGAAGCCCCAAAACCAGAGGAGGCUAAAGCAGAGGCCCCUAAACCAGAGGAGCCUAAAGCAGAGGCCCCUAAACCAGAGGAGCCUAAAGCAGAGGCCCCUAAGAAGAGAUGAGGUAUUACAACUUGUGUUUUCCACUCUGCAACACUUCAUGUGUUAAAGAAUCAGUUUUUGUAACCGGAUGCCAUCGUGUUGCUUUACUGGGCCGAUGUCCCAUUUGGUACAGAGGAGCCUGAAGUCGGCUGCUUAGAGUUUGCAGUUGCCAAAUAGGAUGUUGUGUAAUAUUCCUUUUCAAUUUAUUAUUUAUGUUUGAGCAACAAAAUAACAUUUGACACUCAGCAUCAUUCAAUGUUGUUUAUCUUAAAGAUACAUUUUGGUGCGGGGCAUAUGCUUUUGUUUUGUUUGAUGUUUUUUGUGUGUGUAUCUUGGUGUAAAAUGCUUUGUAUUAAACUGAUCGUGUCACUGUAUGUGAAUAUUUUGUGCUCGUUGGAUUAAAGAGUUUAAAUCACA